GGAUUGCUUGGAGCUUGUUUGGCUGGUGCUGGUGCUCGGAUCGUGGCCUUAGUGGGCGGACCAUGCACAGAGGGACCUGGAGCGAUUGUGUCAAAAGAUCUUUCAGAACCAGUUCGUUCUCAUAAGGAUCUGCACAAGGAUGCAGCACCCUUUUUCAAAAAGGCAGUCAAUUUCUAUGAGGAACUUGCAAAGCAGCUUGUUAAUCAAGGUCACGUCUUGGAUGUGUUUGCUUCAGCACUUGAUCAGGUUGGAGUUGCUGAGAUGAAAGUAGCUAUUGAAAAAACUGGAGGACUAGUUGUUCUAGCUGAAAGUUUUGGCCAUUCUGUCUUCAAAGAUUCAUUCAAGCACAUCUUCGAAGAUGGUGAACAGUCUCUUGGGCUGUCCUUCAAUGGUACAUUAGAGAUCAACUGCUCUAAGGAUAUUAAAAUUCAGGGGAUAAUUGGACCAUGCACAUCUUUAGAAAAGAAAGGACCUGCUGUUUCCAGCACGGUUAUUGGUGAGGGGAAUACUACUGCUUGGAAGCUGUGCGGUCUCGACAAAAACACUUGCUUGACUGUUUUCUUUGAUGUUUCAUCUAGUGAGAAAUCAGACCCUUCAGGCAAUCAAAAUCCACAAUUGUACAUACAGUUUCUCACGAGUUAUCAGAGCCAUGAUGGUCAAACAAAAUUACGCGUCACGACCAUUACUAGAAGAUGGGUUGAUGCUGCUGUUAGCACUGAGGAAUUGGUGCAAGGAUUUGAUCAAGAGGCUGCUGCGGUUGUAAUGGCUAGAUUAGCUUCUUACAAAAUGGAGAUGGAGGAAGAUUUUGAUGCCACAAGGUGGCUAGAUCGGAAUCUCAUUCGUCUCUGCGCCAAGUUUGGUGACUAUCGGAAGGAUGACCCCACCUCUUUCACUUUGAAUCCUUCUUUUUCAUUGUUCCCUCAAUUCAUGUUUCAUUUACGGCGAUCCCAGUUCUUACAAGUGUUCAAUAAUAGUCCAGAUGAGACAGCAUAUUUCCGCAUGUUGCUCAACCGAGAGGGCAUAAGCAAUGCUGCUGUCAUGAUUCAGCCAACACUAACGGCAUUUCAAUUCAAUUCACUGCCUGCCCCAGCCUUGCUGGAUGUGGCAUCCAUUGCAGCUGAUCGCAUUCUCUUGUUGGAUGCUUAUUUUAGUGUAGUUAUUUUCCAUGGAAUGACAAUAGCUCAAUGGAGAAACAUGGGAUACCAAAACCAGCCUGAGCACCAGGCAUUUGCACAGCUGUUGCAAGUUCCACAUGAUGAGGCCCAAGCAAUCAUCCGUGAGAGGUUUCCUGUUCCAAGACUGGUGGUGUGUGAUCAACAUGGCUCCCAGGCAAGAUUCCUUUUGGCAAAAUUGAAUCCAUCUGCUACGUACAAUAAUGCAAAUGAUAUGGCAGCUGGAUCAGACGUGAUCUUUACAGACGAUGUGAGUCUUCAAGUGUUCUUUGAGCAUCUUCAGCGGCUGGCAGUGCAAUCUUCUUGAUAAGAGAAGAAAGAUGGCUGUUAAUGCUUGUUCCGAUUAUGUGAAGAUCUUAUUGAGUUCGCCUCAUCUACCCUGCCAGCUUCUCAUCGAAAGUUCAUGAUUUUCUUUUCAUCAUCCAUAAGAUGAGAGGUCAGA